CAACGGUUGAAUAGCAAGAUGCACCCGACAUCCGAAAUACGACAGUGGAAGUCGCCAUGUACCGCCGAGGAGUCGUGAACGCGUUCUCGAGCGCACCACUGCCGCACGGAUACAGCAUCUUCCACAAAGCACGUCCGGACUACCCUGUUCAUGCGUUUGCCACGGUUGACAAAGUACUGCACGUGACCGAACAGCAUCCGUCUGCCAUGUUUGACGUUGUCGAGAUUGGCGCUGGACAAGGAAAGCUUACAAAAGCCCUCAAGCGAGUUUUGCCUACAGGCACCCGGUUUGCUGCGGUGGAGGAUGACGAUGGCCUUCGCGUCGAGAUGCAGCACUUCGUCCCUAACGUCCCUGUAUUCAUCGGAACAGCAACCAACACAACACUCCCGGUUGAGUCUGUGGGCAACAUUGUCAUCGGUCAUGCAUUUCACUGCAUGGCAAACGCAAAUGCUCUCGACGAAUUCCAUCGCAUCUUGGUGCCAAAUGGCCGUCUCGGCAUCAUGCUGAAUACAGGAGACUUCAACUCGAGUCCGUUCAUGGAAGAGGUCGAGCGCGUGGUGAGAUCAUUCAAUGCUGCGUACGUGCCGACGCAGCCGAACCAAUUGCAACUGCAAGAGAUCUUCCACGAUCGCCCGAAUCUGUUCACACCAUUGGAGUCGGAGCACAUCGAUACGGUGUUCUCUGCGUCCGUGGAUGGGAUUGUCAACUACCUCAUGUCCACUUGUGUCCUGGUCAACUUGUCCCAUCGCCGCCAAACCGACGUGCGGCUGUCGAUUGCCCGCUUGAUCGAGAUGAACCCCGACGUGACAGAGGACGAGCAUGGACAAAAGAAACUUGACUUGCCGUGCAAGGUCGAAUUCCACUGGGUCGAAAAGGUUCAGUCUCACCAAUACGACUCGACUGAAGCUUCACUGUCCAAGGUCUUGCAUUCUUGCUAGCCCUGGCCGACCUUCUGCCGAACUCUCUCUGUAAUCUUAUUGCUUUGCCCCA